AUUCAGACAGAAGAAGCUACGGUGAUUGCUAGACUGAAAGCGUUUCUCUCGCAACCAACAAUCGUCUUCCCCAUUAGCUCCAGCCGCAGAUUUCUCUCUCUAGAACCCAAAUAUGAUGCAUAGGUUAUCCUCAGUGAGGUCUUUAACGGCUGCACUGUUCAGAAAGGAGACACAGUGUGCUGCUUUCUCAACUUCUCUACUCUUCGAUGAUACCCAGAUACAGUUUAAAGAAAGUGUUUCACAGUUUGCCCAAGAAAAUAUUGCUCCUCAUGCAUCAAAAAUAGAUACAACCAAUUAUUUCCCAGAGGAGGUCAAGUUGUGGAAACUAAUGGGGGAUUUUAAUCUCCAUGGAAUUACAGCUCCUGGUAGAAUUUCUUGUCAGGAGUAUGGAGGACUUGGCCUUGGUUAUUUAUACCACUGCAUAGCUAUGGAAGAAAUUAGUCGUGCUUCAGGAUCAGUUGGCCUUUCCUAUGGUGCCCACUCUAACCUAUGUAUCAAUCAGUUGGUGAGGAAUGGAAACCCUGCUCAGAAGCAGAAAUACUUGCCAAAGCUAAUCAGUGGGGAGCAUGUAGGAGCUCUUGCAAUGAGUGAACCCAAUGCUGGUUCUGAUGUUGUUAGCAUGAAAUGCAAAGCUGACGGUGUCGACGGAGGUUAUAUUUUAAAUGGGAACAAGAUGUGGUGCACCAAUGGUCCAGUCGCUCAGACACUGGUUGUUUAUGCAAAAACGGACAUUGCUGCUGGCUCUAAAGGAAUCACUGCAUUUAUCAUCGAGAAAGGAAUGCCUGGAUUUAGUACUGCCCAGAAGUUAGACAAACUUGGGAUGCGAGGAAGUGAUACGUGUGAGCUUGUCUUUGAAAAUUGCUUUGUUCCCAAAGAAAAUGUUCUGGGGCAGGAAGGAAAAGGAGUUUAUGUUAUGAUGUCAGGUUUAGAUCUGGAGAGGCUUGUUUUAUCGGGUGGACCCCUUGGACUAAUGCAAGCAUGUCUUGAUGUGGUUCUUCCCUAUAUUCGGCAGCGAGAACAGUUUGGACACCCAAUUGGUGAAUUCCAAUUUAUUCAGGGGAAAAUUGCUGACAUGUAUACUUCGCUGCAGUCUUCCCGAUCUUAUGUGUAUGCCGUUGCAAGGGACUGUGACAAUGGGAAAGCUGACCCUAAGGAUUGUGCUGGAGUUCUACUUUGUGCAGCUGAAAGAGCCACCCAAGUUGCUCUUCAGGCUAUCCAAUGUCUGGGUGGUAAUGGAUACGUCAAUGAGUACCCAACUGGUCGCCUUUUACGGGAUGCCAAGUUAUAUGAGAUUGGGGCUGGGACUAGUGAAAUCAGAAGACUCAUUAUUGGUCGUGCGCUUUUUAAGGAACAGUAAGCGAGAAAUUGUGGGUCUGUAGACCGAAGUAUCCGUGCUUGCUGCUGCACUAUCUUGCUGGCCUACUGUGACGGACUGUUUUGACAUCGGUGCAGCAGCUUCUUCUUGCUCCCAUGGGGACUCAUUUUCGCUCUAUUCAGCCAUACAACUUGUUUUUUUCAUUUCUGAAUUAUAGUCCUCUGCAAACAUCACCUUCUCUCUUUUUCUGAAACUCGUUUCACAAUAAGGUUAUUUCUUUAGAUACAUUCACCACUGUUUGGUAAUCAAAAAAUGACAAAUAUUUUUUUUUUUGAUUACUUGGUAUUCGAACCAACUAUCAAAUUAUUUUAUUUUA